UGGCAGACAUUUAAAAAGGAGACUGUCCGGCGCUGCUGCAAUUUGUAUUAAAACCCCAGCCUCUUUCUAUGGAAUCGUUAGAGACUCCAGACUCCCAACAGCGCGCUUCUCCUCUGCAGUACUACCGUUUCCACCAUUAGCUGACUCGUGCCCCGGGACACCUUCUAAAGAACACCCACAAGAGAUAAUUUCAUUUGUGGCAACUUGGAGCGUUUGACAGGAUGGCCAGAUCGGCGCGUAUCGUCUGUGGGAUGGUUUUCAUCCUAGGACUGCUCUCAUCUCCAGUGGAUUCCCAAAGGAACAGGGGCACCCAAGGCGCCAUCCCUCAUCCCGACAAAAACAACCCAAACGAAUCGGAGCAGCAACCACAGACACCGCAGGCGGGCUCUGGUUCUCGAGGGCGGGGAAAGACCUCUGCUGCGCCGGCUGAGGAGGUGCUGGAGUCCAGCCAAGAAGCAUUGCAUGUCACGGAGCGCAGAUAUCUUAAACGCGACUGGUGCAAGACCCAGCCACUCAAACAGACCAUCCACGAGGAAGGCUGCAUCAGUCGCACCAUCAUUAACAGGUUCUGUUACGGACAGUGUAAUUCUUUUUACAUCCCCAGACAUGUCCGCAGGGAAGAGGGAGCCUUCCAGUCAUGUUCAUUCUGCAAGCCGAAACGAUUUACAACCAUGACUUUCACUUUGAAUUGUCCGGACCAGCAGCCGUCCACCAAGAAGAAGCGCAUCCAACGCGUAAAGCAAUGCCGCUGCAUCUCCAUAGACUUGGACUAGACCUGGGGUUGGGAUGCGGUUAAUUGUUCUCCUCAUCAAACAACUAUUGGAUUGUUCAUAUGAAGGAAACCACCUUUAUGACUGACAGGGAGCAUUAUUUCCCUAUCCAAGAUCAGACAGACGUGCAUCCCAUGUUAUACUUGGGCAUUCUAGUUUGUAAACAAAGCCUGCUGUAGUUCAUACACUAUUAUGUGUCUAAUUUCUCAUUAUUGAAAUUGCAAUAGCUGCCUAUGGCAAGCAACGUUGGUAUAACAUGGAAUGAACCAAACAAGCUGCCGAUUGACUUGUAACCAAGCGCACGGCUUUUCUCAACCUCCGCAAAUAGGUCUGCAGAGAGUUUUCUUACAGAACGUUUACUCUUUCGGACAGAAACAGUAAUAGGCUUUCACAACAAAUUAUAAUGGAGGGUAAUACGAUGGACAGUGAGUUUAUAAUGGUUGAUAGUUUCCACUAUGUGGAAUUUGAAAAUAAUUGACGACUAUUUAAUGUGGCCAGAAUGCUCCACUGCAGUGUUCUGUAGCUAUUAUAGUUGAUUAAGGAGAGGUUUUGUAAAGUAUGCUAAGCCUAAUAUACAACUGUUUGUAUUAGUUUGACAUUUAAAUGAAAAUAUUAGAUGUUUAUAAUGCUAUAGAUGGAAGCGUUUCUUUGUUUAAAAAAUGUUAUUCAUACAGCAAUUGUAUAUGAAACAGUUUCAUAGUUAUGUCGGAGCAAAUCAUCCAGAAAACAAAAUAAACA